UCGUGAAAGAUUACAUUAAGAUGUUUGCCGUUUUAAUCGGAACAAUUAUUUUUAUUGUAUUUUUGUUCUAUUUCAAAGAAUUCUGGAAGAAUAAACAGAUAUUGGAGGAUAUUUCACGUCGGCUGCCAUGUGCUCCUAGGUCACCAAUUGUGGGAAUUUAUUUUUACACUCCAAGGAAUCCUAUAGAUAUCUUCCACUAUUUCAUGGAAUUUCCCAAAAAAUAUGGACCUAACUGUGUAAUGUGGGGACUCUUGAAUCACAUCGUUAUAAUGGUGUCGGACAAAAAGGAUGUCGAAGCUAUCAUGAACUCAAAUACGACCAAGAAGAGUUUCGCUUAUGAUUAUCUAGAACCGUGGCUUGGACAAGGUCUUCUUACAUCAUACGGGAAGAAAUGGCAUACUCAAAGAAAGAUUUUGACACCAUCAUUUCAUUUCAGUAUUCUUGAGCAAUUUGUUCAGAUCUUUAACAAACAUAAUUUGAAGUUAAUUGAAAAUCUUAUGGAACAUCAGAAAAAUUCCAAGACUCAAGACGUGAACAUUUACGAGUUUCUCACAGCCUGUGCUUUAGAUAACGUUUGUGAGACAGCAAUGGGAGUUUCAAUCAAUGCACAAAAUAAUGAAAAUAAAGCAUAUGUGAAAGCGGUAAAGGAAAUUAGUGAUCUUGUCCGUCAACGGAUAUUUAGUCUUUAUGGACGAUCAGAUUUUUUGUACAAUUUAUCAAAAGAGGGAUUUCGUCAAAGAAAACUUUUGAAAAUUUUACAUCGAUUCACAAAUAAUGUUAUUUCUCAAAGAAUUGAUCAACUUAAAACAAAAGAAAAACCUCAAAACGGACAAAAAAUUACAUUUUUAGAUAUAUUAUUGGAAGCUUCUGUUGACGGAAACCCUCUUAGUAGAAACGAAAUUCGUGAGCAAACGGACACCUUCAUGUUCGAAGGACACGAUACAACGACAAGUGGUCUAAGUUUCACUGUAUAUCACCUAGCGGAAAAUCCGGAGAUUCAAGAAAAGGUUCUUGAUGAAUUGAUCGCCAUUUUGGGACAUGACCCUUCAACUCAGCCUACUUAUCAGCAGCUUCACGAGAUGAAAUAUUUAGAAAUGGUGAUAAAAGAAUCGCUUCGACUUCAUCCGCCUGUCAGUUCAAUUGGACGAAAAACUCUGGAACCAAUUAAGAUUCAAGGCGUUACGAUUCCGACAGGCAUAGACUUGAAUAUUCCAAUUUAUGCUAUUCAUCGAGAUCCAAAUGUCUUUCCAGAUCCCGACAAGUUCGACCCUGACCGAUUUCUGACAUUUGAGCAACAAAAUAGAAAUCCUUACGUUUAUUUGCCAUUUAGUGCUGGACAAAGAAAUUGUAUUGGACAAAAAUUUGCAAUGCUGGAAUUGAAAUCGGUAUUAUCGACUCUCAUUCGAAAUUUUAAAAUUAUUUCAACGCCGAAAACAAAAGAUAUUGAAUAUUGUAUCGAUAUUAUUCUGAGACCCAUUGGAGGUCUUCAUGUUGCACUCGAAAGGCGUUAAAAGUUUUUAUCAAAUAAAAUAUAUUUUUUUUUAAUUUUAGGCUAAUUUUAAAAAAAUUAGCUUUCGCACUUCAAAAAGCUUAUUUUUUGUUUUAUCAAAAAUCGAUCAA